GGCCUGGUGGCGUAGCAGGAAGUAUUCACACGUGUGUCUUCGCGGUGGACGCCGGACGGAGCGAAGAUGGCGUCAUCCGACGAUCAACUGUAUAUCAACGUCACUUCCGGUUCAUCGUCGUCGAAUGCGAAGGCGCCCAAGAGGAAGUGGCCCCGCCCCAAAGAGCGGCGGCGCGCCAAGCGGGCCCGGCCGCAGGAGGCGGAGCUCGGGGCCGGAGCCCCGUCUCCCCCGCGCCCGCAGGAGACGCGGCGCGGGACGGACGGCGGCGCGGACAUCAAGACGUCGUCUCUGUUCAAACACAACCCGGACAUCCCCGAAGUUCAAAGAUCUGAAGUUUGUCCGCUAACGGAGAAGAUUUUUACCUCGGAAUCCUUCUCAGACUUGAACCUUCACCCUCACCUGGUGGCAACGCUGAACAAAGUACUUAAUGUGUCCACGCUGACCAGCGUUCAGAAGGAGAGCAUCCCGGCGCUUCUGUCCGGACGAGAUGCCGUCGUUCGAUCCCAGACGGGCUCAGGUAAGACUUUGUCUUUCGCCAUCCCAGUGGUUCAGAGCCUGCAGGCUCUCCAGACCAAGGUCCAGCGCUCGGACGGCCCCCUGGCGCUGGUCAUCGUGCCCACCAGGGAGCUGGCCCAGCAGACCUUCGGCACCUUCCAGAAACUUCUCAAGCCGUUCACGUGGAUCGUUCCCGGAGUUCUGACGGGCGGGGAGAAGAGGAAGUCCGAGAAGGCCAGGCUGCGCAAGGGCAUCAACAUCCUGGUGUCCACGCCGGGACGUCUGGUGGAUCACAUCGAACACACCCUCAGCAUCGCCUUCAGCGCCGUACGCUGGCUCGUUCUGGACGAGGCCGACCGGAUAUUGGACUUGGGUUUCGAGAAGGACCUGUCAAUCAUCUUAAACUCUUUGAACGCAACAGGACCACCGAGACAAAAUGUCCUCCUGUCAGCGACACUCACGCAAGGCGUGACGCGUCUGGCGGACAUCUGUUUGAAGGAUCCCGUCGCCGUCCGGGUUCGUGACCCCGCCGCGCCCUCCGACCCCGCCGCGCUCGGCCCGUCGGAAAGCUUCGCGCUGCCGACGGGCCUCGAGCAGUUCGUGGUCGUCGUGCCGAGCAAAGUCCGACUGGUUUGUCUCGCGACCUUCGUCCUGCACACUUGUCAGGACGAGAAGGCGUUGGUGUUUGUGUCGAGUUGCGAGGAGGUGGACUUCCUGCACUCUCUCUUCUGCGGCGUGUUGUCGGCCGAUCGGCGGGCCGGGCUUCGCUUCCUGCGUCUCCACGGGAACAUGCGUCAGGAGGAGCGCUCUGAGGUUUUCCGGAACUUCUCGAGUCGCGGGUGCGGAGUUCUGCUGUGUACGGAUGUAGCCGCUCGCGGGUUACACCUACCUCAGGUCACGUGGAUAAUACAGUACACGCCUCCGUGCAGCGCGGCGGAGUACGUGCACCGCGUGGGGCGCACUGCGCGCAUGGGCCUGGGGGGCAGCGGCCUCCUCUUCCUCACGCCCGGCGAGUCCGCCUUCGUCGGCGAGCUGGCCGAUCGCAACAUCAGCCUAUCGGAGAUGAAGCUGACGGACAUCCUGGCCGAGCUCGUGAAGGACGAUGCCUGCGAGGGGCGGGGCGUGUACCGCGGACAGACCUCCCGCGGCGCCCUGGAGCAGGAAAGUCGCGAGCGUGCGACGGUGCUGCAGGCGCAAUUCGAGAACUUCGUCCACGCCGACGCCGCCUCGCUGCGGAACGCCAAGAAAGCGCUGGGGUCGUACCUGAGGUCGUACGCCAGCUACCCGGCCCCCCUCAAGCGCUUCUUCCACAUCCGCGCGCUCCACCUGGGACACGCCGCCAAGAGCUUCGGCCUGAGAGAUGCGCCGCGACGCCUCGCCGCCGCCGCCGCCGGGCCCCGACGCCGCAAAAACACACCAAACAAGCCGCGUCUGAACAUUAAGACGAAGAACGACGCUGACGAGUUCUCCAGCGGCCUCCGCAACAACAAGAAAAACAAGAAGCAGCGGGAAGGGGCGGAGCUACAGUGACCACAUGACACCAAGACCAACCAAUUUCUCACUCGAAUUUGACAGGAACCCUUUUUGUGGCGGCGCAGGGGUAACGUUAAAUGUGAAUAUCAACAAAUUAAAUCCUCGGCCUCAUUUUGAUGUCAUAAAGCUCUCGUGAGGUCAUCGCGGUGAUGUCAUAACAUUACGUGACGAGCACGCGGCCGUUUGCGGCGUCCUCGGCCGACCGGCUCGCCGCGUAUGGGUAGAAGUCCGCAAUGGGCGGAGCCGGCAGGUACGGGCAUCGAGCGGGCGGGGCCGCGGCGCCGUCCCUCGACGGGCGCCCGCAGACAUUUCCGCUUUCUUCUCGCGAAGCACUCGCCGAGUUUGAUGAUGUCGCGAGUUGUACGACGGCAACUCUUUCGGGCAAAAGCGGCUACUGGUACCUGGACCUCACCCAGGAGGGUUCGUGUCCGUGACGUCGACGUGUGCGUUGAGCCAAUGGACGGCUGACUGAGCGGCGGGCUCUCGAGGACGCGCCGGUGAUUUGGAGGACUGGUGCGCACCGCGAGAAGCAUUAUGAUUAUGAUUAUGAUUAUUAUUAGGAAGCCAGUCAACGGUCAGCAAACGUCACCGAUACGCGUGCGCGCGGUCGAUCCUCGCUAUUGAUGACGACGAGAAUGAACGAAUGAGAGCUCGAAAUGAGUUUCGUCGUCCACACGUGACGAUCGACAAAGGGGCGGACACCGGGGAGGCUUUUCACAAACUUGUUUUCUUUCUUUCUUUCUUUCCUUCACACACGACAUCACUUUUCACUUUUCGCUUUCGCUAAAUCGACUUGACGGCUUAUCUUGUAGACUUGCUCACUUGACGUGAUGACUUGUGCGACGCUUCCUGAAGGUGUCCAGAGCGGGGCCCACCUGAACACAGACCAAGUUACUACAUAGUUAUUACAUACACGUUAUGUGUGUACGUGUUACCUGCGCAUAGCGUGCACGUGUGUGCGUGUUUAUGUGAGGAAGCACCGUGUUGGUGCGCAGCAAAGAGGUGCGUGUGUGUGCAAAGGACACACACUUCACCUGCAAACACACAAACGGUACACAAAAUCAGACGUCGCACGAGUCAUCCGUCGGUGUGUACGGGCGUGUGUGCACUGACUGCGUGGCGUCGCUCGUGCUCGCUGCGACCUUUCAUGUUUUCCUGCAUCCAGCGGCGAGCGUACUCGUGGGACAAAAUGUCGAAGAGUGGAGACGGUGCCCUGAGGAGCGCCAUCAUCAACAUCACUCAAUAGGGAUUUCGAUAUCGGGGACUCGGCUAGUUCUAAAAAUCUUGACGUCGUGAUUCGAGAGUAAGAAGCGAGUGAGCGAUUUUACGUUGGGACUCGUUCACUCGUUCCCGAAUCCCGAAUCACUGUGCGGUCUUUAAAACCAGCGACCUGUUUUUAACUCCAAAGGUUAUGUCCGGAACUGGCGGACGUUGUGAAGCUCCGCCUCUGUGCGCUUUGUGGGCGGGGCUGUGCUGGACCACGCCCAUCUGUUCUCUGUACUCCCUCAGUUGUUUGGCAGUCACGUGACCCGACUUCACCGCUUCCUGGUUGAGGGUCACAAAGUUGGGGACGGGGGGGCG